AAUAGAAUAUAGUAAGAACUGGAAGAGUUAAGUAUCAUGUCGACAGAAACAGUUAACCAUUAAACUCGAUAACAUAGUUGUCGAGAGUCUGUAGUCAACUAGUCUUGUUCAUACGCAGUUUCCGGAUAAAAAAACAUGAAAACGAUAAUAGUAUUAAGUUCAGUAGUUGUGAUACUACAAGUAAUUUACAUAUCUGCUGCUGGUGGAGACCGACAACCCCCAACAUUUUUCCAGACUGGAAAACCAUUCAAUGCGCCAGGAGCUCCUUUACCCAAGUUUGUUGGAAUAGGCGGAAGUCAGCCUCCUCAAGCCUUUCGAUCACAAGCGCCACAAGUUGAUGAAGAACAAGAAGAUGAAGAGCAGCGGGAUGAAGAAGAACUUAACCAAAGAAACAUUCUUAUACCGACACCUUUACCAUUUAGACCCCAACCAACACAACACCAGUUCAAUCAAUUCCGUGUACCUCCAUCGCCAUCUCCCCAAACUUUACAACCAAUUCGCAUAAACAGACCAACUGAAGAUGCGCCAAGAAGACAAUCUCAACAACAGCAACAACAAUUUAAACCAUUUGCCCAUCAACCUCUAUCGGAAGAAGCCCAAGAAUUAGAAGAAGAAAAGGAAGAACCUGAUCGUCUUACUGAACUUUUACCACAAUCUAAAUUCUCGUGUAGUGGUAAAAAAACUGGAUACUAUGCCGACGAUGGUCUAAACUGUGAAGUAUUCCACUAUUGUCAGGAUAAUGCAAGACAUUCUUGGAUAUGCCCAGAAGGAUUCGUUUUUCAUCAGGUUCAUUUGAUUUGUUUACCCCCCAGCAGUGAAAAUAUCUGCAAAGACUCAUCGCAAUAUCAUUUUGUUAACGAUUUCUUGUAUAAACCUGUCAAUGCCGAAGAAGCUCAAACUAGGCCUAAUGUUACCAUCAGAUAUGCAGACAGAUAUUAUCCAACUAACAGCUUCGAGAAUGAAGAAGAAUACGAAAGAGAAGAAGCACCACAACAUAGACCACAACAAUUUCGACAACAGCCAGUUAUAAGACAAAGAGUACAACAACCACAACCACAACAGACACAGCAAGUACAAAUCUUAUCCUCUCCAAGGCCAAUUAUCUUGCAACAACAGCCACAACAAUUUGCAAGACAACCAUUGCCAAAUCAAGUGUUCCAUUCAUCUGAAGAAGUCAAUAUACCACUUCAACAAAGGAGGCCUACUUUGCAAUCACAACAAAGGCCACAAUUCCAACAACAACAACAGCAAUCGAACGAAUUUGACUUCGAAAGAAAAUAAUUUGAUGAGAUGAUUUUUGUUAUCACACAUCACACAACUACUGGCUAUUAUAUAAUUUGUAUGAUAAAUAUCAGCACAUAUGUAUUUAUAUUUCAAAACAUUUAAUAAGUAUUAUAAAAUAAGUUUUAUAAUCUUAUUGUACAUAUAAUUUUCAAACAAAAAAAUUAUAUAAAUAAACAAAAAUGUAUAUUAAUUUAAGGUGUAUAUUGAAUACUUCAAAAGGGACAUAUUUUAUUCAAUCGUUAAUAAUUUUUCGAAUAUUAUUUUCAAAAUGAAAAUCUAAAUGUUUUUUUCUUAAUUUAAUUAUUAGCUACCAAAUAUAUUUUUGUUACUUGAUAAUUCUUAAUUACUUUAUUUUUUUGCCAUUAUUUAGUGUAGGUAAUCUCCAAAAUUAUUAUAGUAUUAAUUAUUUUUUAUAAGUAUAUGUUUAUUAGAUAUAAAUAACAAUCGUUAUUGAUGUAUUAUACAAACUUUUUAAUAUACAUCUAGUAUGUGUUUAAUUUGAAAAAUCAUUUUUGUAAAUAUAUUUAAAGUUUUUUAAUA